AUGGCGCCAUCCGCAGAGAAUUCUCCUCUACUGCCCCAGCAUCAAGUCUCCAAUACGUCACCACGGGCAACCCGGCAGCCGCGAUCAGUGUCAUUCAAUCCCCUCACGCAGAUUAGCACGUACGGCACUGCGUCUGCGUCUGCUUCUGACUCUACGUUUCGGCCCUUGCAAACAGGCUCACCUCCCAUCCAGAAUGCCAAUGCCCAGGGCCAGCGUCCGGGCAGCCAGCCCAUGCUCUCGGCCUUGAACAGCAAACUUCGGCGUCGCAAUAGCCAUAGUGCCCCCUUCAGUAACAUGUCCAACUCAGUGCAUACGGCACCCAAGAUCGGGCCGCAGCGAACCACUAAGAAAGCACAAAAGCUAAAAUUGCUGCCGGAUCCUGUGACGGAAGAGGAAGAAGGGUCUGAUGGAGAUUUCCCUCGGGAUGUCUAUUCACAAAUCACUCGAAUCAAAGACCCUGCCGCACGAAGCCAUGCCGCACGCCUUGGAAAGGCCGAUCGCGACCGCAUACCUCGAGUCACAGCUUACUGCACGGCCAAUUCGUACCGCCUCGAAGGCGUUAUCAAGUUCCUCAAAUCGCGGAGCAAGACUCGUGGAGCCAAUCCCAAGCUUUAUGACGAAUGUGUCUACUCGCCUUUCGAUUACCAGUACGAAGAUAAGCAGAACGGGAUUCGACUCUUCCAAGACCAAAGUGGUAACGGACACCACGAAAGGAGACCCAGCGAACGGCGAUACUCGGACAGUGCGGUGGAAGUUGAGGACAAUAAAAAGAACCGAAGGGAUGACUUGAUCGAUCUGCACGAGGAGGCUGGUCACUCACUCGAUCAUACCGAGCAACUCGUCGUUAAAGAUGCCCCCGGCAUUGAUACUACAAUCCACACACCCGAGGUGUUCCUCUUCGACUAUGGAACCGUCGUAAUAUGGGGCAUGUCCCCAGCCCAAGAAUCAAGAUUUUUAUCUGAUAUCUCGAAAUUUGCGACUUCUAUUCUGAGUCCCGAUGACACGCAAAUCGAGAACUUCAACUUCUAUUAUGCGCGCGAGUACCAGGCCCGCAUCUACAACGACUUCAUCUCUCUGCGCGAUCCUCGAAACCACAUGAUCAAGCUUGCGAUUUCUCAUGCCCUUGCCCAGUCGGUCAAAACAUCGCUGUUCGAAGACCUUGUAUCCGAGACCAUCACCGACACCGCGCCGCUACCAGCGCAGAUUGCGCAAACCGGUAGCGUCAACCUUACCCGCCGCCAAAUCAACAUGCAGAUUGGAGAGCUUUUCAUUCUACGUAUCAACAUCCAUUUGCAGGGAUCUGUUCUCGAUAGCCCGGAACUCUUCUGGGCAGAGCCGCAGCUGGAACCCGUUUACCAGGCUGUCCGAAGUUACUUGGAAAUGGACCAGCGUGUCGGUCUCUUGACAGAGCGACUGGAUGUCAUUGCCGAUCUUCUGGCCGUGCUGAAGGAUCAAUUGACACAUCGCCAUGGAGAAUAUCUCGAAUGGAUUGUUAUUGUCUUGAUUGCUGCGGAGAUUCUCGUGGCUGCAAUCAACAUUGUCGUCGACCUCUAUGCUGGAGUAGACUAG